GCCUUGCCCCAGAAGCGUCACCUGACGGGACAGCAGUCCAGAACGCCCAGCAAAGGAGUCCCCAGAUUGCUGUCGUCCCUUCCCCGUCUCAUCGCCAUCGUUCCCAACAGCGUACAGACAGCAAUAGACCGUAGGCGAGCGCAAUCAUGGCCAAUCCUGGACCCAUAAACGGCGUCAAGAUAUCUCCUAUCGACGACCCCCACAAGGUCGUCAAAGUCAUCGCCUCCGAUGGCAAGACUGGCGAGACGCGCGAGAUGUCUUACUCCGGCUGCAAGAUCGUCGGCAAUGGCUCUUUUGGCGUUGUUUUCCAGGCCAAGCUAGUUGGUGAAGAGACCGGAGGCGACAUCGCGAUCAAGAAGGUUCUGCAGGAUAAGCGCUUCAAGAAUCGGGAACUGCAGAUAAUGAAGCUUAUGUCCCAUCCAAACGUCGUCGAUCUAAGGGCAUACUUCUACUCCAAUGGUGACAAGAAAGACGAAGUGUACCUGAACCUGAUGCUCGAAUACGUCCCCGAGACGGUCUACCGCGCGAGUCGUCACUACGCCAAACUCAAGCAGCCUAUGCCCAUGCUCCAAAUCAAACUGUACAUGUAUCAGCUGAUGCGCUCCCUGGCAUACAUCCACUCGGUCGGCAUCUGCCAUCGAGACAUAAAGCCGCAGAACUUGCUGCUCAACCCGGCAACGGGUGUGCUCAAGCUGUGCGACUUUGGCUCAGCGAAGAUCCUCGUCGCGGGCGAGCCGAACGUGAGCUACAUCUGCUCGCGCUAUUACCGAGCGCCGGAGCUCAUCUUUGGGGCGACGAACUACACGACUAACAUCGACAUCUGGUCGACGGGAUGUGUGAUGGCUGAGCUGAUGCUUGGUCAACCCCUAUUCCCUGGCGAGAGUGGUAUCGACCAACUCGUCGAGAUCAUCAAGGUGCUCGGGACGCCGACACGGGAGCAGAUCAAGACGAUGAAUCCGAACUACAUGGAGCACAAGUUUCCUCAAAUCAAGCCGCACCCAUUCUCGAAAGUGUUCCGGCCGCGGACGUCUCCGGAGGCGAUCGACUUGGUGUCGAAAUUGCUCGAAUACACCCCAAGCGCGCGCCUGAGCGCAGUCGAGUCCAUGGUUCAUCCUUUCUUUGACGAGCUACGUGUCGAGGGUGCUCGGAUGCCAAACGGCAAGGACUUCCCUCCACUGUUCAACUUCACGCGCGAAGAAUUAUCCGUGAGGCCGGAUCUCAACCACCAGCUGGUGCCGCCCCAUUGCUUGCCGGAGCUGGCUUCGCGGCAGAUUGACCUUGACAACUUUGUACCUAUACCACUCGAGGACAUGAAGAUCACACUGGACUGAAGGCCGAGGAGGAUAUCAUAGUGUAUAUGUGUAGUGAGCCCGUAUUAUAACCUGCCUGCCUUGUCUUCGUGCUUCUGAACCCCGCGUACGUGACGACAUUCGUGGGCCGAAUGUGUACCAUAGUCAUCCUGUGCUAUUGCCGAGAAGAUCAAAAGAGCGUCUAGUGACUGUUAUGUUCGAAAGUUAGCAGCGAG